GCGCGACACCAUCGAGAGACCGUACGGCCGUAUGACGUCUCAUAACCAAAACAAAACACGCGUCAAGGUAACUCGUGCACGCCACCCCGAUAACUUCGAAUUCAUAUCGAAGCGAACCCCACGCUCACUUUCAGGUACUUUUUUAGACGUUCAGAACGCCGAAUUGCUUAAUUUUGCGGAAGUUCCAAAUGUUCCCGUAGAUAUUUUACCGAGUUUAGUGUAGUGCGAAUUAAUAUUUUAUAUGUUUGGAUUAUUCAGCUACAUUUAAGAUCUCCAGCAACAAUAAAUAAUGCAUGAAAAGACAUCGUGAAAAAUGUUUUACAUACGAGGACAAAUUCCUCGGAGAAAAUAAAUACGACUAUGAAGGAUUUCCAACAAAAACUUAAACUUUUAACUCUUCUGAUUCUUCCCAUUCUAGAGACUGGACACACCUUUGACCCCUCACAAUGUAUAGCACCACUCGGUAUGGAAAAUGGCGCCAUCAAAGACACAGACAUAACUGCAAGCUCUUCAUUCGACAGUGGAAAUGUCGGACCACAUCAUGGACGUGUGAGGACUGAUAAAAACGGCGGAGCUUGGUGUCCUCAAAAGCAAGCCACCACUGAACCGGAAGAAUGGAUCCAAGUCGACUUGAAAACGGUCCACAUGAUCACCGCCACAGAAACCCAGGGGAGAUUCGGAAACGGACAAGGUAUCGAGUAUGCUGAAGCCUAUUUGAUAGAAUACUGGAGACCACGUCUGGCCACUUGGAUACGUUACCACAACAGCACUGGUGAAGAGGUCUUAGAUGGCAACAUCAACCCCUACCUGCCAUCCAAGCGCGAGCUGGACCCCCCAUUCUGGGCCAGCAAGAUCCGGUUCUACCCUUACAGCAGCCACAAACGCACGGUGUGCAUGCGCGUCGAGCUCUACGGCUGCCGAUGGACGGACGGGAUGGUGAGCUACACCAUGCCGCAAGGGGACAAGCGCGGCUCGAACUGGAAGUUCUACGAUUUCGGCUACGACGGCGAGUGGGACGGCAACGAGCUGAAACACGGUCUGGGGGGGCUGAUGGACGGUAAGUUCGGGCACGACGACUUCAAAACCGACUUCCACAACGACGCCCAGCGAUGGGUGGGCUGGAAGAACGACACGAGGCACAACAAGCCCAUCGACAUCAAGUUCGAGUUCGAUAGAGUCAGAGAGUUCAGCGCUGUGCACAUCUACUCCAACAACCAGUUCACCAAAGACGUGCAGGUGUUCGCGUUGGCGAAAGUGAUGUUCAGCAUCGGCGGUAAAAGGUUCAAUAAAGGCGAACCAAUCACGUACGAGUACAUCGAGGAUAAAAUCUUCGAAAUGGCUCGCAACAUCACCAUAAAACUGCACCACAGGGUUGGCAAAUACGUGAAGUUGCAGUUCCAUUUCGCCUCGAAAUGGAUGCUCAUGUCCGAGAUAUCGUUCGACUCGGUGGUAGCGCACGGUAACUUCACGCCGGAACCGGAACCAACUCCAUCGACCCACAUAAAAACCCAUGGCACUCACGAACACAAAAUAGAAAUCCCUGUGCCCAACGAAAUCAACGAACCUGCGGUUAUAGCCAUCAUCCUCAUAGGUCUUGCUAUAGUUAUUCUACUACUUGGUGGAAUAAUACUAUUAGUCUACAGAUUCCGCCAUAGAAAAUUAUUCCGAAGUCCCAACUCCUCAAACAUCAACUUCCCUUCCAACACUCUUCCUCACUUGCAACCGGAAUCAGUGUAUGGUAUAAGUGAAAAGGGUGGUUCGAUUGAGGCGUAUGGCGUCACAGAAAUCGACGAGUAUAGAAGAAGUCAUAGUACCGUAAAAUCGAGUUUGAGGUCGACGUUGCCGUUACCUCACCCUCACAUGGACGGAAAUGAAUAUCAGGAACCAUAUCAAGCGAUGAAGUAUGCUCCGUAUUACAGUUACAGCUCCGUAGUGAUGGAGAUGCAGGAUGUGAUGCCGAAUAGCAUGAAAAAGUGUUCUUUACCACAUGAUAAUUAUGAUUAUGCAGUACCAGAAGCUGGAACUCUACCUUUACUAGGUUCAGACAGUACUUUACCAAUGACUAGAAAUAGAUUAAGUAGUAUUUCUUCCAGAGGUCCUAGAUUAUCUUUAAGAAGCUGUCCUGGGGAAGGAAAACGGUCUCCAACUCAACAGGAGGCACUGGCUGCUUUGAAAAAGCGUUUGGAUGAGACAGCCCCAACUGAGUUUCCCAGGCACAGAUUAAGAAUGCUGUCGAAGCUGUCUGAAGGAGCUUUUGGGACUGUGUAUAUAGCUGAAGCUGACGGAAUAGCCGAAUAUUCCUCGACAAUGUCUUUAGGCACUAGACUGGUAGCUAUCAAAUUUUUAGGAGAAAACACCAACGAAAAAGAAAAAAAAGACUUCUACAGGGACGUGAGAAUCCUUUCGGCUCUCGAAGACCCGAACAUAGCUCGGGUGCUGGGAAUCUGCAGCCAGGACGAGCCCCUCUGCGUGGUCAUGGAGUACCUGGACCACGGCGACCUCCGCCAGUUCCUCAAGACCCACGUGGCGGCCGAGAGCACCUCCAACCUCCCGUACGGAGUGAAAUCCCUCUCCUUCAACUGCCUGCUCUACGUCGGCUCCCAGAUCGCGAGCGGGAUGCGCUACUUGGAGAGUUUGAACUUCGUGCAUCGCGAUUUGGCCACCAGGAACUGCCUGGUCGGAAAGGGGUACCAGAUUAAAAUCUGCGACUUCGGCACCUACAACGAACUGUACACGGAAGACUAUUACAAGGUGGACGGGAAUACGCCUCUACCCAUCAGAUGGAUGGCGUGGGAGUCGGUGUACCAAGCCAAAUACACCACGAAAAGCGACGUAUGGGCGUUCGCGGUAACUUUAUGGGAAAUCUUGACCCUCUGCAGAAGGCAGCCGUACGACUCUCUGACAGACCCCGAGGUGAUGGAAAAUUUGGCGCGGCAACACUGCGACGACGGGCAAUACUUGUACCUACCGCGCCCUUCGAAUCACAAGGACAUAUACGAUCUCAUGCUCGAGUGCUGGAGGCGCAAGGAUUCGGAAAGGCCCGCUUUCCGCGAGAUACAUUUGUUCUUGCAGCGGAAAAAUUUGGGGUACGCUCCCGCAUAGCUCGUCGGCGAGACUGGUUAUUAGGUAUAGAGGGAUCAACAAGUUAUGUAAAUAAAACACAGGGUGAUACUUUCUAAUUUUGAUUUAUCGACAACGACUUAGGAUGCUGUUUUAGUUUCGUUUUUGGGAACCAAGUUAUUUAUUUUUAAAAUUUAUUAUCUUCGAAAAGAUGUAAAUUAUUUAUCUUCUACGGUGUGGUCCGUCAAAAUUUACCUUGGAAGUAAUUUUUGUGGAUCAUGCGAAGCUUUAAAAUUUCUGGAGGUUUUUUUUUCGAAAAAAAUCUUCCAGAAAUCGCCUAAAUCGUAGUUUAAAAUGUGGCUUAGUUGCUUUAACCAUUCGUUAAAAAAACCUUUCACAAGCACAAUAAUUCAAGACAAUGUCUCUAGAUAUUAAUAUAAUAAAAAAAGUAAUAAUAUGAGUGUUAUAAUAUUAUUAUAAUAUAUUUACUAGUCAAUUCGGACGCUGUAACAUACUUCAACGAAAAAAAA